GCCGCUUUGAACGACGCCCAAUCGCUUUGAACGACACCCAAUCUCCUUUCUCUCUCUCUCUCUGAUCUGCUCUUUAAAUUAGUUGCAUUAGCUCCUCUGUCUCUGCGAGCCCAGUCGAAUAGGACGGGGCCGAGUAAUGUGAGUGAGAGACGGAGUGUCCGUGUCUCAGCACAUAAUUGAUAGAAGAGAAGGAAGGAGGAACAAAGGAGCGAUCUUGAUCGGGACUCUGGCGUUGCCGUAUUCGUACGGAGACGCAGGGAGGAGACUUUGGGUUUUCGGUGACGAAUUGCAAGUUUUCCGCAUGAAAGAUGAUAACUUUGUUUGUUUGGCGUUGAUGGAUUGGGAGAAAGAUGAGAUCUUUAAGGUUUAUUUUUGGCUAAUCUCCAACACACACGCACAAGAAAAAAUCUGUCUUUGAGUUUAUUUUUGUACUUCCUUCCCUGCAUCAAUGUCACUUGUCGACAGGGAGAGUGAUUUUUGAUUUGAAGUACAAGAUUUAUUACAAGAGUUUGGAAAGGAAAAAUGGCUCUCCAAGAAGAAUAUAGUUCCGAACAAUGAGAGCACUGUAAAUGAAGCUAAAGGGGGGAGACCUUUGGGGCACUUUCGUUUCUCGUCAAUUGGUUGUUGUUCCUCAGAUGACCAGAUAAUAGCAAUCGAAACAGGAUUGUUGCCUUUCCAUGUUUCUGAGAUCAAAGAUUCAAGAUAUUAUGUUGAGGAAGAGGACCAGAUCAGUCAGCAACAAGCAAGGCCUGAUGUCUGAUACUGCCUCCCUCUUAUCUCCCACCGCUGCGUCCUUCUUCACCUCUCCAAGACCCUUUAGUGGCUUCUCUCAGAAGGGCACUGCAGAACCUGAAGCAGGUGCGAGCCCGACUUCCAUACUGGAAACCAGGCCCUUCUCUGCCAUUAGGAAUCCCUCCUUCUUCGAUGGGAACCCAAAACGAGCCAUCUUGUCAUCAUCUGUCACUCCCACCAUCCCGAACGUGAGCAGACCACUCCCUCAGGAGAAUGGGGACCCAAGAGCCAUCGGACUUGGCCUUCUUGAUGUUCUCAACAAUGAGGACUCGGUUAAGAGCACUUCCAAGCCGGAGAAGAGGAUGGUGGUGUUUGGGUCUCGGCUUAAGAUUCAAAUACCUCCUCCUCCCACUGCUCCUACCCAGUUCAGCUCAAUUUCGACUACAGGCUCUACCGAGUCUCUCCAUUCACCUAUAGAAUUCGGCAUCAAAACUAGGAAUUCAAAGUUGGCUUUGUACUCUCCCCAGAAAUCUCCUCUCCAGACUGGCUAUGUGGGUUUUGAUAUGCUGAAUUCUUCACCUCGGGUUUUCACGGGGUGCCUUCCACAGUCGGAGAUGGAGCUGUCGGAGGACUAUACUCGUGUGAUCUUACAUGGGCCAAACCCCAGGACCACUCAUAUCUAUGAUAACUGCAUCAUAGAGAGCUGCGGUAAUGGAUGGAACGAGAAAGGGGCUUCUCAUGAUCAGCCAGGCUACACGGCAGAUGGUUUCUUGAGCUUCUGCUAUGGCUGCAAGAAGAAAAUUGGCCCGGGGGACGAUAUUUACAUAGGAGAGAAAGCAUUCUGUAGUCACGAAUGUCGCGACCAAGAGAUGUUGAGUAAUGAAGGAAAGGAGGAGCACUGACUAAACAUCUCAGGCUGGAAUCACAAAAAAGUCCUCUAAGCAUACUUACAUGGUUGACUCCUCGGUCGUGAUCGUUUGCUAAAUUGAGCGAGUUAUGAAAGUGGUUGCACGAGCACGAGAAGCGAUUAUUUAUGUACCGCUAGUAUCAUUUUCUUGUUCUUUUCCUUCUCCUUCUUAAAGGAGGAUAAGAUGAUUUUCUGUAGAGUUGAUUUCUUAGAUUGCUGUCGAUCCUCUCUGAUGUAUAAACUUCAUUUUAAUGUUGUAUUUGCACUCUAUGUUAAAGAUGGAAAGAUGUAGUUAAGGAGUUUGCCUGUGGUCA